CGCGCGGCAAAUGGAGUGGGUGCUCGCGGAAGUGUUGCUCGCUCAGAGCAGGGACCCACGUGUCCUGCUCGGGGCGCUCUGCCGAGGGGAUGCGUCCGCGGAGCGCGUGGAGACACUGAGGUUUCUUCUCCAGCGGCUCGAGGACAAGGAGGAGCGCCGCGGGGACGCGGACGCGUACCCCGGGGCGCUGCUGCAGGAGGCGGCGCGCGAGGCGGCGGUCGGGUACCUCGUGCCGCUGCUGCGGGGCCCCGACCCAGAGUCACCGCCCCUCCGCCGCCGCGUCCUGAGGGCGGCCGCCGGGGCCCUGCGCUCGUGCGUCCAUCUCGCCGGGGACCCGCAGUGGGUUGCCGCGCUAGCUGAGGAGGCCCUGCACGACCUGCUCGCUGUGCGGCCGGAAUGCCGCGAGGGUGCCCCCCAGGACGCCUCUUGCGGACCCGAAGGGCCGGGCGGUCAGGCGGCCGUGGAGGUCCUCGUGGCCGUAGGUCCCUGUCUGCGGCCGCGCGAGGACGGGGCGCUCCUGAAGCGGGUGGUGCAGGCUGCCUUGGCCCUGGCGUUGGGCGAGGCCGAUGCCGGGCCGGCUGAGGAGACGGCUGCGCUGGCGGCCGGGCGGCUGCUGCCGACGCUGGGCCGGUGUGGCGAGGUUGCGCUGCGGGCCGUGUGGGAAGGGCUGCGCGCUACUAGCGCGCGGCCACGGGCCUCUACCCCCGGCGCCGGGCCGUCCCCCGUCGGGCGCCAGCUGCUGGUGCUGAGCGCACUGGCUGAGAAGCUGCUGCCCGAGCCGGGGGCGGGCAGAGUCCCUCGUGGGCCAGAGACGGGUCUGGACGUCCGGCGGUGCUGGUAUUUCUGGAGGACCGUGCAGGCGGGACUGGCCCAGGCGGAGGACGCACUCACGCGCAAGAGGGCGCUCCAUGUGCUGCAGAGGGCCGUGGAGGUGUCGGCGGAGCUGGGGGCCGACUGCACGAGCGGCCCCCGGGAAGGAAACGACCCAAGUCUGUUUUGGUGGUAUGAGAAGGAAAAAGAUGAGCUUCUGAAGUUUUGGGAAAACUAUAUUUUAAUUAUGGAAACUUUAGAAGGAAAUCAGAUACAUGUUAUAAAGCCAGUCUUACCAAAGCUAAAUAAUCUGUUUGACUGUGCAGUAUCAGAGGAAAAAGGAGUUUGGCUCUUCCACCCAUCCUGGCAUAUGUGUAUUUAUAAAAGAAUGUUUGAGAGUGAAAAUAAAAUCCUGACCAAAGAAGGUGUCACCCAUUUUUUAGAGCUCUAUGAAACAAGGGUUCUUCCAUUUUCACCAGAAUUUUCUGAGUUUAUUAUUGGACCACUAAUGGAUGCACUUUCAGAAAGCUCUCUGUAUAGCAGGUCUCCAGGUCAGCUGAUGGGAAGUGGGUCUCCAUUGGGAUUGAAGUUGCAGACGUUUUUAGUCACUUAUGUUUCUCUACUUCCAGAAGAAGUAAAGAAUGGUUUUCUGUUAAAUUUUAUUCAGAAAAUGACGAGUAGACAUUGGUGUGCUGUUCCCAUUUUGUUUCUAUCUAAGGCUUUGGCAAAUGUCCCCAGAUGUAAAGCCCUGGGGGUAGAAGGGCUUCUUGCUCUCAGGGAUGUUCUUCAGUGUACUAUGAUCACGCAUCAGAUUCUAUUGAGAGGGGCAGCUCAGUGCUAUCUUCUUCAAACAGCUAUGAAUUUGGUAGAUGUGGAGAAAGUGUCAUUUUCUGAUGUUUCAACUUUCCUCAUGUCUCUGAGACAAGAUGAAUCCUUAGGACGAGGAACUUCAUUGUGGACAGAGCUCUGUGACUGGUUGCGUGUUAAUGAAAGCUGUUUUAGGCAAUCCUCAAAUUGUAGCUCCAUUGGACUUCAUGAGACAUCUUCUUUGAAUGCUUAUGUAAAGAACCUAGUUCAAGAGUAUAUUAAGUCACCUGCUUGGGAAAGAGAAAACAGCUUUAUGCCUGAUUGGUUUGAAGCCAGGCUUGUUGCUAUGAUGGUCUUGCUGGCUGUGGAUGUGGAAGAAAUGAGGAAUCAGUAUAGUGAAAAGCGGAGAAUACAGAAUGUAUUAAGGAUAUUCUUAGAUCCUCUUCUGGAUGCCCUUAUGAAGUUUGGUACAAAUGCCUACAUACCUUUGCUGAAAACUGACAGAUGCCUCCAGUUGCUGUUGACGUUAUUGCAUACUUGCUUGUUGAAAGGUUCCAGUACUCAAGAUGAUGAAGUGUUUACACUUCUUCAGAAUUUUGUUAUGUCUACUACGGAGAGCAUUUCUGAAUUUAUUCUCAGGAGACUUACUAUGAAUGAGCUAAGUAGUGUUUCAGAUCUGGAUCGUUGCCAUUUAUACCUGAUGGUAUUAACUGAGCUUAUAAAUGUCAAUCUGAAGAUUGAGUGGAAAAGGGGUAACCCCAUUUGGAGAGUGAUUUCUCCUUUGAAAAAUGCAUCCAUUCGGCAUCUUCAAGAGACGAGCACUGGGCAGGAACCAGCACUUGGUAGACAGAUUCAGAAAGUGGUUAGUAUGGCUGCUUUGGCCAUGGUGUGUGAGGCCAUUGAUCAGAAGCCAGAGCUGCAGCUUGAUUCGCUGGAUGCUGGGCCCAUGGAGAGGUUCCUGUCCUCUCUUCAGCUCAAUCAGACAUUACAGAAGCCCCACACAGAAGAGCAGAGCAGUUUUUUUGAAGAAUCAUCAUCUUCCCAAGGAUGGGGAAAAAUAGUUGCACAAUACGUCCAUGAUCAGUGGGUUUGCCUCUCUUUCCUACUGAAAAAAUACCACACCCUUAUACCAACCACAGAGAGUGAAAUUCUGGAACCCUUUCUACCUGCUGUUCAAAUGCCAAUAAAGACUUUGCAAUCUGCAUUAGAAGCCCUCACAAUUCUUCCUUCUGAUCAAGUUUUACCUGUGUUCCAGUGCAUGAGAAUUUUGGUUCCCAAGCUUCUGACCUCCUGUGAGUCACUCUGCAUGGAGUCUUUUGACAUGGCCUGGAAAAUCAUUUCUUCUUUAAGCAACACUCAGCUGAUAUUCUGGUCUAAUUUAAAAGCCUUUGUUCAGUUUGUUUUUGAUAAUAAAGUUCUUACCAUUGCUGCAAAAAUCAAGGGCCAGGCAUAUUUCAAAAUAAAAGAGAUUAUGUAUAAGAUAAUUGAAAUGUCUGCUAUAAAAACUGGAGUCUUCAAUACGCUGAUAAAUUACUGCUGCCAAUCAUGGAUAGUUUCUGCUUCAAAUGUGUCCCAAGGUUCUUUAUCAAGUGCUAAAAAUUAUAGUGAACUUGUCCUUGAGGCUUGUAUAUUUGGAACUGUGUUUAGGCGUGAUCAAAGACUUAUUCAGGAUGUACAGACCUUCAUAGAGAAUCUUGGACAUCAAUGUGCAGCAAACAUUGUUAUUGAAAAUACUGAAAGAGAGGACCAUUAUGUGAGAAUUUGCGCAGUCAAAUUCUUGUGUUUACUAGAUGGCUCAAAUAUGUCUCAUAAGUUGUUCAUGGAAGAUCUUGCAAUCAAGCUAUUGGGGAAGGAUGAAUUGGUGUCCAAGUCAAGAACUCGCUACUAUGUGAAUUCUCUACAACACAGAGUGAAAAACCGAAUAUGGCAGACUCUGCUUGUACUUUUCCCCAAAUUUGAUCAGAAUUUCUUGAGUGGAAUUAUUGACAAGAUUUUCCAGGCUGCUUUUAUCAAUAAUCAAGCAUCCAUAAAAUAUUUCAUAGAAUGGAUUAUUAUAUUGAUUCUUCAUAAAUUCCCUCAAUUUCUUCCAAAAUUCUGGGAUUGUUUUUCUUACGGUGAAGAAAAAUUUAAAACAAGCAUUUGUACAUUUUUAUCAGUUUUGUCACAUUUGGACAUCAUUAUUCAAGAUAUUCCAGAAAAGAAACUAACUCUGAAGCAAGCCCUUAUUGUUGUACUGCAGUGGUGUUUCAGUCACAAUUUCAGUAUCCGACUCUAUGCUUUACUUGCUCUUAAGAAAAUCUGGAGCAUGUGUAAAACAUUGUAUGUCGAAGAAUUUGAUGCUUUGACUUCUGUGAUUGAAUCCAGUCUUAAUCAAGUGGAAAACAUGCAUGGAGCAGGGAAUGCCAAGAAGAAUUGGCAGCGCAUUCAAGAGCAUUUCUUUUUUGCAACAUUUCACCCACUUAAGGAUUAUUGUCUGGAGACCAUAUUUUACAUCCUUCCACGCCUUUCAGGCCUUAUUGAAGAUGAAUGGAUUGCCAUUGAUAAAUUUGCCAGAUUCACUGACAUUCCUUUUGAUGCAGGAUUUCAGUGGUACCUUUCUCAGACUCAACUCUGUGAACUAAAACCAGGUGACUGGUCUCAGCAGGACAUAGGUUCUAACUCAGGUGAAGCAGAUAACCAAUCGGAGUGGACUGAUGUUCAGAAGAAGAUUAACCCAUGGAAAAAUAAUGUUCCAGAUUUAGAACUGGAGCUAGAGUUUCAGGAUCGUGCCGCCAAACUUGGAAAGUCAGUUGGUAGACUGAUUGUAGUGGGCUCACUCAUUGAUAAACCAACCAACUUAGGAGGAUUAUGCCGGACCUGUGAGAUAUUUGGGGCCUCAGUGCUCGUUGUUGGCAGUCUUCACUGUAUCAGCGAUAAACAGUUUCAGCACCUCAGUGUUUCAGCAGAACAGUGGCUUCCUUUAGUGGAGGUAAAACCAUCUCAGCUGAUUGAUUAUCUGCAGCAGAAAAAAGCAGAAGGUUAUACUAUCAUUGGUGUGGAACAAACUGCCAAAAGUUUAGACCUAACUCAAUACUGCUUUCCUGAGAAAUCUCUCCUCUUGUUGGGAAAUGAACGUGAAGGAAUUCCAGCAAAUCUGAUCCAGCAGUUGGAUGUUUGCGUGGAAAUUCCUCAACGGGGCAUCAUCCGCUCGCUUAAUGUCCAUGUGAGUGGAGCACUGCUGAUUUGGGAAUACACAAGGCAGCAGCUGCUCAAGCACUGAGACCAGAGAGAGCACAUCCAUGCCUUAUUGGAGAUGAAUUUUUGGUGCUAUUGAAACAAUUUUUUUAAAAACUAUUUGGACUAAUGAAAUAGAUUCUGAAAGCUUACUGGAAUAAUUUGUAUUUUUUUCUUGGGAUUGAAUGCCAAAUUUUUUCAUGUGCCUUAAAUAUAUUACUGUAUUAUUGC